UAAACACAGCGAAGUUGCCAUAGUGAUUAUUUUAAAGGAAACGCUGGAUAGACAACCAUUAAAGCACGCUCAGCGUUAAUAUCUGGCGGAGAUGUCAGGCAUUAGUCCGAUUAGAUGUGGUGGGCAGGAGCGCGGGGAGACCCGUCAUGCGAGCAGUGCACUGAGGAGAAGAGUGAAGUGGUGAAUGGCUGAACUUAAGCGCUCUGCUGUCAGCCAGCGACGCGGGAGUCGUGCGUAAACACACCGGUGCGCCUGGAACUCCGCGAAGAGGGACACAAGUUGGGACGCAUGAACUGCUAAUCACUCGUUACCGGCGCUGCGCUUCGGGUAACAUGCCUGCCAUCAAAAAGGAGAGACUGGAUGGAGAAGACAUGGCAUUAGCCGCCUUCAACCAACCCGAAUACCUGGCCCCUUUAAAUGCCACCGCUAUCCCCGUGGUGACCCCUCAUCCGCCGCCGUACGAUCACAUUUUCGCCCAUCACCAGCGCGCGUACUUGGGCUUUCGCGACGCCGCGCUGCAUCAGCAGCACCUACACCACCACUCGGACGACUUCAUGCUAGAGAGCUUCUCGUCUAUCCCGGACUUUCAGCCGUUUUUCGACAACGGGGAGCCUUGUAUUGAAGUGGAAUGCGGGGAAAACAAAGCACUACUGUACAUUAACAAACUGUGCCAGGGCAGCAAAGGGCCCUCCAUCAAAUACCGGGCUGAGUGGCUCACCCCAAACGAGUUCCAGUUCGUGAGUGGAAGAGAGACAGCCAAAGACUGGAAACGGAGCAUUAGGCACAAAGGGAAAAGUCUGAAGACACUUAUGUCCAAAGGAAUCUUACAAGUACAUCCUCCAAUCUGUGACUGCCCUGGCUGCAGAAUUUCAUCUCCUGUGAACCGUGGGCGACUGGCAGAGAAACGCACCAUCCCCUUGCCGCCAACACGGGUGCCCAAAAAGGAGCUGGCCUCUGUUUUCAGCAGUGACGACAGUGAGGGCAGCGAGCGGGCCAGCGGAGAUCAUGCAGACAUCAAACAGGAAGAACUGCAUUACACUAUCAUGAGAAAAAGUCGUGACAGUGACCUCUCAGCGAUCAUCUCCAACCUGCACCACACCCGACAGCACGGCAUGCCCGAGGGCCAGCCCUGCUCCGACCUCAGACUCGCCUCCGCACACUCAGAUGACAUUCUAGGCAAGAGGAGAGCCUACUCCCCCAACAGCAGCAGCGAGUGCCCAUCUGACAGCAAGAAGUCCCGCAGCGUGUCACCUAAAGAGAACUCUCACACGCCUGCGCUGGAGCUGGGCAGUCACAUGACCCCCGAGGAGCACUACAGGCGCAUGAUGUCAGCUCUGAACGAGCAUGGCUCUUUUGAGGAGCAGCAGCAGCGCCUGUACCAGCUGGCGAACAACAUGGGCGUCCCAAGCCAUGAGCUGCUGCGUGUGCGUCAGGAAGCCAUGGCUGCCGUUAGAAUCCCGGGAGGAAUGGAAGCUCACAUCCCCACUGCAGGCAGCUCCUCCAGCCAGCGGCGCAAGCAGGGGCUUCCCCAACACAGAGACACACACUUCCCUGAGCGAGUGGCAGGGCCACAGAGCACGGUAGAGCAAGAGGGAGGGAGCGAGAGCAAGGAGAUGAUGGAGGUUGUUGUGGUGGUGGUGGGGGGGCAAGGAUACAAACAGUGCCGCUGUCCGCAGCGUGACAGGACUGAUGAUGGGCUACGGUUGGAAAUGUCUGCUGAACUGUUGAGACAGAAGGAGUUAGAGAACCUCCACAGGCAGCGAUUGCUGGUGGACCCGCUGGGCCUUCAUCCUGGGCUCCCUGCAGAACACCCUGCCUUGCGGAGCCUGCAAGAAAUCCCAGAGGGCCACCCACUCCGAGAGGAGCUCAAUCGCCGCAACGCCAUGCUGGUUUUGCGGCACAACAACACCCCAUUACUCUCCCUCAACCACCAGGGGGCAGCAGCAGGAACUUCCUCUAAAGACCUUAGCAACAGGAAGAGCUUGAGGAAAGGAGGACCACACAGAGUGGACCAACAUGGGGGUUCAUCUGAGACUAAAGAGAUGCUUGGGGAGGGCUGUGCACGGGAUGGAGAAAUAGAGGGACAGGAUGAAGACAUGAAAGACUUUGAGAAUGAUGCAGAGGUUGGGGAAGACAGGCCUGAGAGGCUUUCCAAAGUUGAUGGACAUGGUCUCGGAUCAGGUGUGUGCCAAGGCAAGGAUGUAACUAAGACUAGUGAAGCGGUGAAAGAGCUGGGGGAGCGGUCAGGGAGGCUCAGUGCUCCUUGUAGCUCCACUGGCCAAGAGUCACCAACCCACCACCUCUUCACAUCAGGACUGAGCAAGAGUGAGGCCAAAUACCUGCCACCAGGAAUCCCACCCUUACCCACCUUGCCUGGACAAGCUCUGCCCUUCACCUUUCCAUACACCAGCCCUUACUUUCACACCGGCGCCAUGGGAGGUCUUUUCGUGGACGGAGAAGAGGCGGGAGCAGCCGAGGACAUCAGCAAGUGGAGUGUGGAGGAGGUGUGCAGCUUCAUCAGCAGCCUAGCAGGCUGUGGGGAGUAUACACAGGUCUUCAGAGAGCAGGUCAUCGACGGCGAGACUCUGCCACUGCUGACGGAAGACCACCUGCUCAACAACAUGGGAUUGAAACUAGGGCCUGCCCUCAAGAUCCGCUCUCAGGUGGCGCGACGUAUUGGCAGAAUAUUCUACAUGACCAGCUUCCCGCUGGCCCUCCCGCUGCCGCCAUCUGCUCUGCGCCCCACGGACAGAGACCCCCUGCCCACUGAGACCCGCCCUCCUUCUACCGGCAGCACUUCCUCCCCAUUCAGCGUUCCCCCUCUUGCCUGUCGCGCCUCCCCCAAACAGGAGAACGGAAACCCCUCCUCAGCGGGAGCUUACGACUCCACUAAACCUCCCUCGUAGAAUUGGCCAUUAAAACUCUUGACUGCUUCUCCAUUUGGCAGAGGCAGUGCUUCAGGGAGGAGGUAAAAUCAGAGAGAGGGCAUGAAGGGGGCCCUCUUUGAACUAUUCUUUCCUUCCUCUUACCCCCUCUACCCCACCCCCUCCCCUCCCGAAAUAAAAAGCAAACUUGAGGACCUUUAUGCAGAGGCACUUAAUCUUUUUAGGAAAAGUGUGCAGAAAGACGAGAGACACUGAUGAAACGACACGGGCUAAAACAGCUCCACCCCUCGCAGCGGCUGUAUGGAAGCCAAAAUCCAAAGAUGUGCAAAUAGGGACUUGGGGACGAGACAGGAAGCGUUAAGAGUGUGCGAGAGAUGAACGUGAGCAGACAGCUGCUCUUAAACGGCAUGCCAGAAGGAAGGGAGACGCAUCCAGCGAACAUACACAUACGACAUUCUUUUGUGUCAGAUGUUGUAGGAAAGCAACAUUCGCUGCGAUGAACUCUUGUGGUACCUAACAUUCUUGGGGACGGGUGAACUUCGAAAGAGAUGCUUUCUUUUUCUGCUUUCACGCCAACUUCUCCAACUUCCAGCCGUUUUAAAUUCUCUGGAGUUGGUUUCGCUUCGAAAGACUAAAUCCUCCAAAGAGGAGUAAAUAUAAGAGCAGGAUGGAACUCAUUUGCAGUCUUGACCAGUGCAACUAUGCAUUCCACAGUCCAAAACCAAAGACGGAUGGAUGUGGAAUUUUCAAACGAGAUCUAGCAUUGAUCUCACCAGUGACGAAACAAGGUACACAUACAGGGCGCCGUACUAAAGGAAGUGAAAUGGAAAAGGACCUCAAAAAGAGAGGUGUAAAGCACUUAGACUUCCUGUGACCAAAAGCCAUCAGCCAAAGCAAUGGCCCAAACUCUCACCCGACAAACAUCUGGGCCCGUUUUAGUUUCACGACCCCGCGAGAAAAAGAGCAUUAGGGAAGGAUGGACAUCCCUCCCGAUGCCUGUUCAUAGAUGGAUUAAUGCCAUUGUGAGGUCACACUUACUGCUGUGGGAAAGACAUGUUAUCCUGAAUUGUACAGAAACAUGCUCAAGAUGAGAAUAUACUGAAGAUGAAAUAAGUGGUACGUUUUGUUAAAUGUAGUUGCACGAGUUAAAAAUCUUUAUUACUGAACAAAAUGUGACUGGCUGACUCGGUGGUACUUUUGUUCAUCUUUUUCUGUUUGCUGUGUAUUACAGUUGUAAUAAUCAUGAGCCCCAAACUUAAAUGCCACUUCAGCAUAUAAAUGAGAAAAAAAAAAUAUGUAUAGGAAUUUGUUUGCUGUAGUUAGAGCAACAAAAUAUAAAAUUGUCCUUAAAUUGAUCCCAAAGAACAAUACUUUUCUCUUUGUUGCAGGGAAAUGGAAGGCACAAAGCUCUUUAUGCAAAUCUUUGAAAUGUUUUUUCUUUUUAAAUAUGUAAGCAAUUAAUUAAAAUAUUCUCUAGAUUUCCCAUCAAUGUUUUGUCUUCAUCCUAUUUUUCUAUUCUCUGCUGGGUGAAAUAAAUC